CUUGGAGUAUAAAAGGCAGCAGUGUUACUGACUCCAGCAAGCAGAAAACAUGGCCUUCCUCUGGAUCCUCUCCUGCCUCGCAUUUGUCAGUGCCACUUACGGUUGUGGUGUUCCAGCCAUCUCCCCUGUGGUGACUGGAUAUGCCAGGAUUGUGAACGGUGAGGAGGCUUUACCCCACUCCUGGCCCUGGCAGGUGUCUCUGCAGGAUUACACUGGCUUUCAUUUCUGUGGUGGCUCUCUGAUCAGCGAAAACUGGGUUGUGACUGCUGCUCACUGCGGUGUGAAAACUUCUCACCGCGUCAUCCUUGGAGAACACGACCGCUCCUCCAAUGCUGAGGGCAUCCAGACCAUGAAAAUUGGCAAGGUCUUCAAGCACCCCCGCUACAACAGCUGGACCAUUAACAAUGACAUCACCCUGAUCAAGCUGGCCAGUCCUGCUCAGCUCAGCCCCCGUGUGUCCCCUGUGUGUCUGGCUGAGGCUGGAGACAACUUCCCUGGUGGCAUGAAGUGCGUCACCUCUGGCUGGGGCCUGACCAGGCACAAUGCUCCUGACACCCCCGCCCUCCUGCAGCAGGCAGCCCUGCCUCUGCUGACCAACACUGACUGCAAGCGUUACUGGGGCAACAAGAUCUCUGACCUCAUGAUCUGCGCUGGUGCCUCUGGUGCCUCCUCCUGCAUGGGUGACUCUGGUGGUCCCCUGGUCUGUCAGAAGUCUGGUGCCUGGACCCUGGUCGGUAUUGUGUCUUGGGGAAGUGGCACCUGCUCUCCCAACUCUCCUGGAGUUUACGCCCGUGUCACUGAGCUCCGUGCUUGGGCGGACCAGAUCAUCGCUGCCAACUAAGACCUCAACCGCUCUGUUCAAUUUCCUCAUGAUGAUCAAUAAAGAUCAGUCAAAUUGAAAAAUA